AUGAGUGUUUUGAACGGAACAUGGGAGGGCGUUGGCUCUCUUUUGGCUCAAGCGUUUCAGGAUUCAGCGCUCUCAGCGCGGUUGGUAGUUUUGGAAGAGGUAAUCGCGCUCCUGGAAGACCAAAAUGUGGCUUUAGAUGAAGGCACAGAUAAGGAAAUUGUACUCGGGAUCAUGGAUAGCUAUUUGUACAUUCGAGACCAGAAAUCGAUGCAGAAGGUGAUUGAGGUGUUCAAAAGAUUAUUCGAACGUUCACCGCGGGGAUUGAAGGGUCUAACCAAGUUUAUCCAGGGAAUAGUGACCAAAACAUCGUCUACUCGGGCUGUCGCUGAUUACAUGAACCUUUUGGAUUGGAUCAAUGCGUUGUUGAAGAUUAGCGUGCUACAAAAAAUCAAGAGCGAAGAAAAUUCUGAAAGCACAAUGGCAACAACUGUGGAAUUACUGCAAUUGCUGUGCUUCACUGCUCAGAUCAUCGAAACGGCCCUGGAUGUGCAUGAGGAGGCCAAACGCUCGAAAUCUAAACAGAAUCAACAUCGUCGCAGAGUUCGCCAAAGCGUGCUGCAGUCAAUGACAAAAACUUUCACCUCGAUUUUGAGAAAAAGUGGUGACAAUAAAAACCAAUUUUCGGUCGAUCUCGUUUCCGAAGCAACGCUAGAACAAGCCGGUAAGGCCAAACUUCCUGCGGCCGGAGUGUUAGCCGUGAUGGGAGCCCUUACAAAGGCUGUGGGCCAACUCUUACCAUCUGAGCCUGCCCACCAUGCGGCGUUUGCCGAAAGCAUUGUCAUGUCCUUCUGUGCAUAUGUGGGGAAAGACGUUGUUCUAUGCAAGGAUCCACCGUCCCCUUUCUGUGUGGAGACUUUUUUCACGCCUUUCGCUCGCGAGUUCGUUACUUCAGACCUAUUCAGUUCUCACAUCGUUCCGAACUUAGAGAAGUGUAUUUUGAGAUCAUCUGAAAUAGGUUUCCCAUUAGCAAGCGAGUUUUAUGCGAGUAUGGAUCCUGCUAAAGUCGACCUUUCUUCAAUAUUUGUUGAUUCCAAACUAAUGGCCCAAUCCUUUUCCUCCUUGAAAAGUAGUAAAGAAACGGUUAAGUCUGUGUCCCUAGGAUCGAUUCUCAGUCUUCUGCGUUCUACCAAUGAUUCUUCUUCUAGCGAUUUGCAAAAAUUGGUUGCGGAAACUUUCAAAAAUCUCAAGUCCAAUUUGCAUGUGGACUACAAAAUCAUUGUGUCACGUCUCCUGAGCGCUAUUCCUUCAAGUGCUUCAGUAUCCUUAGACAUUACGAACGGACUUGUGAACUAUUUGUCUAAGGAGUCCAAUGAACUUGUUUUGGAGUCAAUGCUCCGGGCUUAUUUCCAUCAUUAUUCGAGAUUGGAAGCUCCACCUGCUUCUGCCGUCACUCUGAUAAGGAAUGGAUUAAACGACAAAAGGCAGUCUGUUAAGAAGCUAUGGCUUGCCGCCUUGCUCAACGUGAUAGACGAGAAGUCUGCGGAGGAGUUUCGCGACCAGUCAAAGGAAAUUCUAGAAUACCUGAGGGAUGUUCUUUCAUCCCCAGCGAAGUACACAGCGAGAAGCGUGCUAAGUUGCUUCGUUGGGAUUGACCUACUCUCAUCCAUGGAAAGCGCUCAGCUCGCAAUACAAGUCAAGUCUCUAUUAAUUGAUGAUAAUUGGACUUCUCGCUCGAUUGGUCAUGCGUGGUUGGUAGCUACCAUGUCUAUUGAGUUAAGUGGCGAGGAAAGGUCACUGGGAGUAAAACUCUUUCACCGCGCAUAUCAAAGAACCACUCUGACGACUGGUAUAGAUGCGAUCAGAGCGUUAGAGAAAGCCGUAGUCGAGGGAAUCUUGUCAGAUCGCGAUGGUAUCUCACUCCGUUACGUGACUCCCGUUAUUAUGACUCUCUGUCAAGAUGUCGAUGACAAAGAAGCUUUGAAAAAGGUUCUCGUUGAAUUGCUUGUCCUCUCACAAUAUUCUAAACUCAAAUUGAAGAGCGGUUGGGCAGAGCUGGUUUUAAAUGCCGACUUGAAUCCAGUAAGGCUUAUAUCAGAGAAUUCCAGUGAUAUUUUUACUAAAUUUAAGUAUUUGACGGCAGAUGAGGUCAUCAAGUCUUCCGCGUUAUACGAAGCUGCCGUCAAAUCCAUCACCUAUGCUGCGUUCGUCAACCCAUCCACGAUUUCUCAUCUAAUCGUCGAUCUAAUAAAAAGUGAGCUUAAUUGUUCAAGAUUGCAAGCUGUCGAUGCGUCCCAGAUUGAAAUCUGGAAGGGUGCUGAUGGCGAAUUGGUAUCAGAAGUCUUACAAAAAUCAAACAAGCAGCUUGACAAUAAAAAUUCCAAGGAUUACGAAACUCUCAAAUGGGAGGAAGAAGUCAGAGAGAAGCAAGCCCAAAAAAGAAUGGGCCCAAAGAAGUAUACCAGAGAAGAAAGGGAGCUGGUAAAUGCGCAGUUGUCAAAGGAAGCCGAUAUUCGGAAAGCCGUCAAUCUCAUUGUAACAGAGUCUAACCGGACGCUUUCUCUUGUUUCUCAAUUGAGCAGGGAAACAUCACUAGUAGAUAAUGGAGCAGCGGUCUGGCUCCCAGUGGCUGUAUCUGGCAUACUGACCGCGUUAGAGGCUCCAGCAUUUACUGACCUGGUUCCCAAAAAUGGAGUUGAAACGUUUAUUGACCUGUCAUCAAGCGUGUCGGAGAGUUUGGGUACCAUAAGGCGUUCAAUCGCCGUGGCUACUCUACGUGCUUUUGAAAUUCGCGGAAUCCCCGACAGCGUAUGUCAGGAGAACCUCCUUGACCUAAUAUCCAGAGUUCUUUUCAGGGUCAAGUUCGUUGCUAACAAAAAGGUGUUCGAUUCAGAGACUCUAACCUUUCUUUUACCGUUAUUAUCAAAGGUGCUAGAAGAAGGCAAAAGGAUUUCUGUGAGUAAUUCUGACAAACCAGUAGUGAAAAGUGAGUUCAUAGAAGAGAACAAAGAAGAAGAGCAGUUGUUGUUGGCAAUGGAGAUUAUUGGUGGCCACGCUGAAUCCUUUGCAGACCCCUUGAUUCCCCGACAGCAUAUUCUGGAAGUAUUAAUAUCUCUUCUAUCAGUGUCUUCCAAGGCAAGGUCCGCUAAGGAAUGUUUUCUAGCGCUAUGUCAGAACGUAUCACAGUCUCCUAGCCAAACUGAUCUGGACUUGCUUCUUGGCAGUUUAAUGAGUUCGAACGAUUUUGUCAGAGCCACGAUUUUGGAAGCUGUUGAUGAUGAGUUUGACUUGGAACCUUUCAUGGGGUUCUCCUCUCAAGUUUUCAUAUUGAUGCAAGAUGCUAGCGAGUCAAAUAGAGAAACUGCGGCAUCCAUCUGGAAAUUUAACAAUUUUGAAGUUCGCGAAGAGCUUCUUGAUAAUUUGUUCGACUAUUUCGGCCAAGGAGAUAGUGGCUUGCGCUUAUUCGUGGCUAGGUCAUAUGCCACUGCUUUGCAUGUUUUGAGCUCGAAGUCUGGUGAACUUUUCGGGAAACAUUUCGAGAAAUUAAUGAAUUUCUACUCUCAGAAAGCCCGUAUUCCUGAUCCAAUCAUCGACGAGUACGGCCUGGUGGUCAUCUCUUCCGAGGCUCAAAAAGACUGCUGGGAGGAUAGAAGCACUACUGCUAUUGCUUUCAGAGAGUGUUCGAGUGUAUUUUCUAAGGACAGUAGAUGGCCUGUAGAGUUUGUUAAGUUCCUUGUCAACAGUGGUGCUUUGGGGGACCGCGAAAGUCUGGUUAGACAGGAAAUAAAAGAAGCAGGUAUCGAAGUGAUUGCUCAUCAUGGCUCUCGGAAUGUUGAAGACUUGAUACCGAUCUUCGAAGAGGCUCUCAAGGUCAAGCAAGAUGUCGCUACAAAGGAAAAUGUUAUUAUUUUGUACGGAACUCUUGCCCGGCACUUGGCAGCGGACGAUGCUCGAGUAACAACUAUUGUUGAGCGUCUUCUGCAUACGCUCGAUCCUCCUUCGGAAGAGGUCCAGCAAGCCAUCUCGACUUGUAUAUCGCCAUUAGUUGGCUUGUUGAAAGCUCAGACUGGCAAUUAUUUGAAAAGCAUGAUGCAAAAGUUGCUAGACCCUAAGACGAGACUCCACUCUAGACGGGGUGCAGCAUGGGGAUUGGCAGGCCUCGUGAAAGGGUUGGGUAUCGGUUCUCUAUCUGAGUACGACAUUAUUCACGAUCUUAUGGAUGCCUCAGAGGACAAGAAAGACGCACAAAAGCGAGAGUCUGUUGCCUUCGCAUUCGAAUGUCUUUCUAAGUCAUUGGGGAAAUUCUUCGAGCCUUACGUCAUUGAGAUUCUGCCAAAUAUCCUGAAGAAUCUUGGUGACUCCGUUCCGGAGGUAAGAAAUGCCACUGCUGAUGCUACUAAAAGCAUCAUGGCUAAUACUACUGGUUUUGGUGUCAAAAAGUUAAUCCCGGUGGCCGUGAGUAAUCUCGAGGAUAUUUCUUGGAGAACCAAACGUGGAUCCGUGGAAUUGCUGGGUAAUAUGGCAUAUCUUGACCCAACCCAACUUUCCGCUUCUCUUUCGACAAUUGUGCCUGAAAUUGUUGCUGUUCUGAACGACUCUCAUAAGGAGGUGCGUAAAGCUGCCGAUCAGUCCUUGAAUCGAUUUGGAGAGGUCAUAAGAAAUCCAGAAAUUCAGGUUCUCGUCCCAACCCUCAUUAAAGCUAUUGGGGACCCUACUAAGCAUACCGAAGACGCAUUAAAUGCUUUGAUACAAACUCAGUUCGUGCACUACAUUGAUGGACCUUCUCUCGCUCUGAUUAUACACGUUAUUCAUCGUGGUAUGCGUGAAAGGUCUGCAAAUACCAAGAGAAAGGCGUGUAAGAUCGUUGGUAACAUGGCAAUUUUAGUCGAUGCAAAUGACUUGGUGCCGUACCUACAACAACUGGUCGAUGAAGUGGAGUCGGCUAUGGUCGAUCCAGUUCCUAGCACAAGAGCUACUGCCGCCAGGGCUCUUGGAGCUCUGGUAGAAAGACUAGGCGAAGAGAAGUUCCCUCAUUUGAUCCCUCGCCUAUUGGCAACCUUAAGUGAUGAUAGCAAGGCUGGUGAUCGAAUGGGUUCUGCUCAAGCUUUAUCAGAAGUCAUUAGUGGACUUGGGUUGUCCAAACUGGAUGAGAUGCUUCCAACAAUCAUGGCUGGCGUCACCAGCCCCAAAUCUUACAUUAGAGAAGGUUUCAUGCCUCUUCUUUUAUUUUUGCCUCUGUGUUUCGGUCCUCAGUUUGCGCCUUACGUGAGCCAAAUUAUUCAGCCUAUUUUGAGCGGGCUCGCUGAUCCGGACGACAACAUUUCUGACACCUCCUUGAAAGCUGGAAAGCUUUUGGUCAAGAAUUAUGCCACUAAAGCAAUCGAUCUACUGCUUCCAGAGCUUGAAAAGGGGAUGUUUGAUGAGAACGAAAGAAUCAGGUUGUCCUCUGUGCAAUUGACUAGUGACUUGCUCUUCCAGGUUACAGGAAUAUCCUCCAAAAAUGAAUUUGACGAUGAAGAUGGUGAGACCAAUCACGAGGUCACGAAGCAGCUUUUGGAAGUGCUUGGUCAAGAUCGUCGCGACCGCAUUCUUUCAUCCCUUUUCAUUUGCAGGUCCGAUACGUCUGGUGUUGUUCGUGCGACUACGGUUGACGUCUGGAAGGCCAUCGUUCCCAAUACUCCUAGGACUGUCAAGGAAAUCUUACCCACUCUUACAAGCAUUGUUGUUGUACAUCUCGCUUCUUCAUCUGCAGGUUUGCGGCAUAUCGCUGCCCAGACUUUGGGUGAUCUAGUGAGACGUGUUGGGAGCAACGCUUUAUCUCAACUUCUGCCAGUAUUGGAAAAUUCUCUCGAUCAAGCUCGCGGUUCUGAAUCAAAGCAGGGUGUCUGCAUCGCUCUGCGCGAACUUCUCCAAUCCUCGUCAUACGAAUCAUUGGUGGAUUAUCAAUCUACUAUUGUAAAUAUUAUACGCCGCACACUUGUGGACGGUGAUGGUUCGGUGAGAGAAUCUUCAGCAUUGUCUUUCGACGCAUUCCAAGAAGUAUUUGAGAAGGUUGCAGUCGAUGAAGUUUUACCCCACUUGCUCAACAUGUUAGGUUCUACUGAGAGCUCUGAAUAUGCGCUACUGGCGUUGCAAGAGAUCAUGUCAACCAAGUCCGAGGUUAUUUUCCCGAUACUAAUUCCAACUCUAUUGAGGCCACCAAUCGACGCGUUCAGGGCUCGUGCACUUGGUUCCUUAGCUCAGGUAGCUGGCCCCGCUCUCUACAGACGUCUCUCUGUUAUUAUAAAUGCCCUAGUAAAUUCUCUGGCAGGUUCCUCUCAUGACGAAAAAACGACUUUGGCCUUGGAAGAUGCUCUUGGAAGCGUUUUGAGCUCUGUCGAUGAUGCCGAUGGUAUGCAUCCGUUGAUGCAACAUAUCUUAAGCUUGAUGAAAGAUGAAAACAGAGCGAAACGUCUAGUAAUUUUGAAACGUCUCCCUGUAUUUUUCGAAGAAACAACUCUCACCUACGACAUUUACACUCCAGAGAUUAUCUCUCAAUCAAUCAUGUCAUUUGACGACAAAGACCCUGAGGUUGUUCAAGCUAUUUUUGAUGAGUUAUCUGUUUUGAUAAAGAGGCAAGGCAAAGCUAUGCUUGGCAAGUUGGUCAAACCUGCAAAACAAGCGUUGGAACUGGUUGGCAAAGAAAACACAGAAUUGGCGGUGUUCAAGCUACCCAAGGGUCCAAGCUGCAUUCUAGGAAUUUUCCUGCAUGGUUUAAUGUACGGUUCCAAUGAAGAACGUGAGAUAGCAGCAAUGGCGAUUGCCGACAUUGUUAAGAGAACACCAUCUGACAACUUGAAAUCCUUUGUUACUAUAAUUACAGGGCCUUUGAUUCGUGUUGUCGGAGAGAGGUUUCCAGGCGAUGUUAAAGCUGCCAUCCUUUAUGCUCUCAACGUGUUAUUUGCUAAGAUUCCGCAAUUCUUGAGGCCGUUCAUUCCUCAGUUACAAAGGACAUUUGUAAAAUCACUCUCGGACGCUUCAAACGAAACACUUCGUUUGCGCGCUGCGAAGGCUCUCGGUUCUUUGAUCGAAUAUCAGCCAAGAGUUGAUCCCCUGGUUUCGGAACUUGUCACCGGUGCCAGACAGACCGACGAUGAUGGUGUGAAAACGGCCUUGCUAAAUGGUUUACUUGAAAUUGUCUCGAAAGCUGGCUCCAAGCUGAAUGAAAAUUCCAAGCAUACUAUUGUCAAUCUUGUUGAAGAACAAAUUUUGAGCGUCAAUGACAAGUUGGCGACAGCAUAUGCUAAGCUAAUUGGCUCUCUCUCUGGCAUCAUGACGAAGGAUGAAGCUCAGUCAAUUCUUAGCAACAAAGUGUUGAGAGUUGACAUUACUGGUGAGGCGGGCCGUUUUGCAAUCUUGACUUUGAACUCCUUUUUGAGAGAUGCUCCGGCACACCUGUUCAAUCCGGAAUCGACCUCUGCCUUCGUUGAGUAUUUGGCCAAUGCUGCGAGAUGCACAACCCCAUACAUCUCCGAUAACGCCUUGACAGCUAUUGGUAAAUUCUUGUUACUAGUGGGGGAGAAGAAGUCGCCUUUCGGAAAACAAGAAUCUCAAGCUGCUUUUGAGCUUUCCGAAGAUGACAUAAAGAGCCUCGUCGAGGUGUUAUGUGAAGAUAUGCUACGUCCUGCCAGCAAUUCUUUGGAUUCGAGACGGUUGUCUUUAGUGGUAGUGCGCACUUUGGCCAGGUUCAAAUAUGAGGAAUGUGUGAAACCGUUCUACGAUUUAUUGGGACCUUCAGUGUUUUCGUGCUUACGGGAUAUCAUCAUCCCAGUUAAGCUAGCAGCUGAGAAGGCGUAUCUGGCAAUUUUCAGAUUAGUAGAGGAAGAAGACAUGAGGUCCUUUGAGGCAUGGAUUUCCCAGCUUUCUGGCCCAACAUUGCAGAACUGUGCUGCUGACUCCAUUCAAUUGAGGUCUGUCACUGAUUACACCAAGCGUGUAGGCAAGAGAUUAGCCGGUGUCGAAAGAGAAAGAAUAGCGGCCGGUGGUGAUCCGGAGACCAUCUUCUCGGACUGUUACGAAGAUGAAUCCGAAAUCUGGGCUGUCGGAGGAGUUGAACUCAUAAAAGACGCAUGA